GCAUUCAGACUUGCAGAUCAAAGACAUAAAACAGAAACAUGAAGAUUUUGGCUGUCAUAACUGCGUUUCUCUGCUGCUGUGGUGUGCAGAUCUCUGAACAGUCGAGUGACUUGGAACAGCAAAUCCUCAACUCUGGGACUGUGGUGUUUUUAGACUUUGUGAAAAAAGUCAAAUAUGCUACAGAGAAAUUAAAACAAGAUGAUCAGUUCACAAAAUCCAAGAUUACAUUCCAAGGGUACAUGAAAGCCUUAAGAUUGUCUGCAGAAGAAAUGAGUAAUCCUGAAAGUGCUGGAGGGAGCCAUGGGAAUUCAGAUAUACCAAUACAGAGAUUUUUUACAGCGGCUGUUGUUACAUUCGGGCAAAUGACCAGAGAUGUCUUUGACAGGUUUUUCUCUCCGUAUUUCAAAAUUUACAGGGAGACACUAAAAAAAGAGACAAUAAGAGACAUCUGGAAAGAAGUGGAUUCAUAUUAUUUUCCAGGAGCCCCACCGAUCAACAAUAAACCCAUGGAGUUCCUCAGUUACCUUCUGGGAAAAGCGGUGGUGAAAUCCCGGAUAGUGGGGAUAGUUGAAGCUGGUGUUGGGGCCAUUGGAAAAAUAGAUAUAAACCACUUUAAUGAGAUGUAAGAACACUUCCAGAUCCGGAACUGUACUGGAUCAGUGAUUAAAAUUCAAAUGGAUGCAGUUUCUUUUAUUAUGCUCCAAAAUUAAACUACUGAGCUAAAAUGCAUGCAUGAAUGUCAUUUUGAAUUGAUUUGUUUCUUUCUCAAAGCAUGCAGAGCACUCUGAGUCUGAUUAGAAGUAAAGCCUUUGAAAUUUCAGUUUUGGAAAAGCAAAAAACGAAUAAUAGUUUCCUUGUAUCAUUAAGGUAAGAGCAGUUGUUAUCGAUUCUAAACUUCAAUGCUGUAUUAAAUCUGAUCUCUCAUCAAG